AUGGUUGAGCCGGCGCCAAACUUCCGACCGUCGCGCUCGAAAGUCGCAUAUUACUAUGACAAUGAUGUAGGGAACUUCUCGUACGGGUUUGGACAUCCGAUGAAACCGCAUCGAAUGCGCAUGGCGCACAACCUAAUCCUAAAUUACGGCCUCGAUAAGCACAUGGAAAUUCUUCGACCGCCUCGUGCUACGCGGCAACAGAUGACCAAGUUUCACACUGACGAGUAUAUUGACUUCCUCAGUCGCGUCACGCCUGAAUCAGCACCGAAGCUAACAGGAGAUGGGACACGCUACCUGAUUGGCGAGGAUUGUCCUGCCUUUGAUGGGUUGUUUGAAUUCUGCACAAUAUCCUGCGGUGGCUCUAUUGCCGGUGCAAACCGAAUCAACGACGGCCUCGCUGACAUUGUGGUCAAUUGGUCAGGUGGGCUCCAUCAUGCUAAGAAACGUGAGGCCAGUGGAUUUUGCUACACAAAUGAUAUUGUGCUCGCAAUUCUUGAGCUCUUGCGCACGCAUUCACGUGUUUUGUAUAUCGACAUCGAUGUGCACCAUGGUGAUGGGGUUGAGGAAGCCUUCUACGUGACAGAUCGUGUCAUGACCUGCUCAUUUCACAAGUUCGGCGACUUUUUCCCAGGGACAGGCGAUGUGCGAGAUAUCGGAAUGAAAAAAGGCAAGGCAUACGCAGUAAAUGUUCCGUUACGAGACGGAAUUGACGCUGACACUUUUGGCUCGAUCUUUCGUCCUGUGAUUCAGCACAUCAUGGACUGGUUUCGCCCGGGUGCAGUUGUCUUGCAAUGCGGCGCUGACUCACUUGCAGGCGACAAGCUAGGCUGCUUCAACCUCAGUAUGCGCGGACAUGCAAACUGUGUUGAGUUUGUCAAGUCGUUUGGCGUACCCAUGAUGUGUGUGGGCGGUGGUGGAUACACCGUACGGAAUGUCGCUCGGACAUGGACGUUCGAGACAGGUCUUUUGCUGGGCAAGGAACUACCUGUGGAUCUGCCAUUUAAUGACUACAUUCAGUACUUCGGCCCUGAGUACAAACUGGAUGUGCCAUCAACAGGUAUGGACAACUUGAAUACACCGCAGUAUCUUGAUGGACUUCGGACCCGUAUUAUUGACAACCUACGAUCUAUGCCAUUUGCACCUAGCGUUCAGAUGCAAGAAACGCCGCGCACAUCGCUAUUAUCAGCAGCAGGUGCAGAUCCGGAUCUGUCCGAGGAUGAAGACUCGGACUUGGACGAGCGCAUCUCUCAGAGAUUACGCGACCGUCACACUCAGGCGUUUGGCGACGUGCUUAGUGACGAUGAAGACGAACCAAACAGCAUGACAGCCUACGAAGCUGACAUGGCAAUGAUGCAAGCGGCGGCGCGACCUCCGGCUGGUCCUUGGGCGCCGCCCAUGCCCAUGCCCCUCGGCGGAGCUGCUGGCCCGUCGCUCAUGACAUAUCCUCGUGAAUAG